GACGGAGGAAGUAGUGGUGACUAAUUUUUUUCUCCUCCCUCUGUGUUUUUUGAACUGCUUCUUUGAUGGUUGCUGAUACGCAUUCGGUAAAUUGCAGUCCCAGAAUCUUAGUUUUUAAUGGACAAUGUUGAAAUACCUCAAUGGUUAAAGCUGUUACCAUUAGCACCAGAAUUUCGACCAACCGACACAGAAUUUGCUGACCCAAUUGCUUAUAUCUCAAAAAUUGAGAAAGAAGCUAGUGCUUUUGGUAUAUGUAAAGUGAUUCCUCCAUUGCCCAAACCAUCAAAAAGAUAUGUUUUCAACAACCUUAACAAAUCCCUUGUCAAAAGUCGUGAAUUGGGUUCGGAUGUACAUUUUGCGGAAUCAAGUGAUUCGUCAAAGAGGUCAUCUCAGGAUAAGAUAAAUGAGAGUGACAAUAGGGCUGUAUUUACCACUAGGCAACAAGAAUUGGGUCAAGAUUCAAAGAGAAGCAAGGAACCGGGUGCUCAGAAGCAAGUUUGGCAAAGUGGAGAGCUCUAUACAUUGGAGCAGUUUGAAUCUAAGUCGAAAGCAUUUAGUCGGAGUGUUUUGGGUAUGAUUAAGGUAGUUACUCCACUAGUCAUUGAGGCUUUGUUUUGGAAAGCCGCUUUGGAGAAGCCUAUAUAUGUAGAGUAUGCAAACGAUGUUCCUGGUUCUGGCUUCGCGGAACCAGAGGGAUCUUUGGGUUAUGUCAAUGCACAUAAAAGGAGGAGGAGAGUAUGUUCCCAAAGUCAUCGAGGGAGAUCGUACGGGAGGCAACUGGUUGUAAACACUGCAAGCAAUUUGUUUACUGGGGUAGAAGUUCAAGAGCUAGGACCGAGUUUAAGUCCAGUUGCAGAGAUAGGAAAGGAAUGUAUUGAUCGACCAACAUCACCACCAAAUGAAACCUCUCAAUCUACUAAGCCGAGUGGCCUAUGUGCUAAUUCUGAACCUGAAGGUACUGCUGGAUGGAAGCUAUCAAACUGUCCUUGGAACCUUCAAGUAAUUGCUCGGUCUGCUGGGUCACUUACUCGUUUUAUGCUGGAUGAUAUUCCUGGCGUUACGUCCCCAAUGGUUUACAUUGGCAUGUUGUUCAGCUGGUUUGCUUGGCAUAUUGAAGAUCAUGAGCUUCAUAGCUUGAAUUUUAUGCAUACGGGGUCACCAAAGACAUGGUAUGCAGUCCCUGGUGAAUAUGCGUUUGCUUUUGAAGAUGUAAUUCGUAAACAAGCUUAUGGAGAAAAUGUUGGCCACUUGGCUGCACUGAAACGUCUUGGUGAGAAGACCACUCUGUUGUCACCUGAGAUACUUGUUGCAUCUGGUAUUCCAUGUUGCAGGUUGGUACAGAACCCUGGUGAAUUUGUGGUGACUUUUCCAAGGGCUUAUCAUGUAGGAUUCAGUCAUGGGUUUAACUGUGGAGAAGCUGCCAACUUUGGGACUCCUCUAUGGCUUUCCAUAGCAAAAGAAGCUGCAGUGCGUCGGGCUGCCAUGGAUCAUCUGCCAAUGCUCUCCCAUCAACAACUGCUGUACUUGUUGACAAUGUCUUUUAUAUCAAGGGUCCCAAGAACUCUGCUUCCCGGUGUACGGAAUUCUCGUUUGAAAAAUCGUCUGAAGGAAGAAAGAGAGCUGUUGGUUAAGAAAGCUUUUAUCGAAGAUAUGGUCAAGGAAAAUCUUCUAUUAAAUACACUCCUAGGAAAAGAUUCUGCAUUUCGUGCUGUGUUAUGGCACCCUGAUUCAUUGCCAUCGUUUGCCAGAGACUCCCUAUCACAAGCUGGGACUACUCUGGUUGGUAUCCUUAAUAAAGAUGCUGGACUAUCUGUCCUUCCCCCGAAGGGUGCAAACCAUGAUGUUCACCACAGAACCUCAUAUAGAACUUCUGAUGACUUGUAUAUGGACAGUAGUGAUCUUUUGGGUGACUUUCAAGUUGACUCUGGAACUCUGGUGUGUGUGGCUUGCGGCAUUUUGGGAUAUCCAAUUAUGUCGGUGGUUCAACCUUCAAAAGGAACAUCAGUGGAUAGUUUUGCAGCUGGGGUAGUUCAUAUACCACAACAGGCAAAGUCGUCUCACAUGCAAUACAAAACUAAGAUCUCUUUGUCAGAAACCAAUAAUGACGGGACAUGGGAUACUUCUGGGUUUUUGCGACCGCGAAUUUUCUGUCUGGAGCAUGCUGUCCAAAUCGUAGAGCUAUUGAAACCCAAAGGUGGAGCAAAGAUGCUUGUAAUCUGCCACUCUGAUUAUCAAAAGAUCAAGGCAAAUGCCGUAGCUGUUGCUGAGGAACUCAGAGCCACAUUCAAUUACAAAGAGGUUCAACUUGAUUCUGCAUCCCAGGAAGAACUGAAUCUAAUUGAUGUUGCAAUUGAUGAUGAGCAGCUUACUGACUUCAAAGAAGACUGGACAUCAAAACUUGGCAUCAACCUACGGUUUAGUAUCAAGGCCAGGAAAAGUUGUCUCCCAAAAAAGAUAGAGCAUGUGCUGAAUAUUGACUAUAUACUCUCUGUUAUGGCUCCUGUUUCAAGGAUCUCAAACAUCAAAUGGUGUUCCAGAAGAUCCCGGAGUAAGCGGGAGUCACAUAAUAGAACGCUUGCAAAAUAUUGUGAUGGCAAUAUCUCUAAGAAGGAUCAGACUAUCUAUGAAUCCAAUUCUGUGGAAAUGAAAGGGAAGGUACUUCUCCAGUAUUCUAGGAGGAAGUAUAGGGCUAAAUCAAGAAAUUUUACUGGAGUAGAAUUUGCUUCGGGCUGUAGCCUCGCGUGUUUGACAGAAGUGACUGAUGUUGAUUGUGGAAAGAAUGCUAAUGGCGUUGAAUCGGAAACUUUGAGGAGUUUUUGUAUCAAGAAUGCAGGGGAAGAUUCUAAAGAUUUUGACACUUCUAAAAAGCAUCUUGUGGUAUAUGACGAAGUUGAGAUACCUGAAGCAAACAUGGAGCGUGCUAGUAAUAGAACAUCUGAAGUGCUGGCAAUAGCAGAAGCUUCUACAUCAAGUGACUCCUGUUUUCUCGGGAUUGUAGGGGAGUGUGAGGGAUCUAAUAAGGAAAAUGAGGAAUUACCUGCUACUGCUAUGCCAGAUGCAGGGACAUCAAGUACUGCUGGAAAGGAUAUGAGAGGUGAAAAUGGCUGUGAGGCCAAGGUAAGUAAACUUUCAACAAUGUGCAGACCUAAAGAACUGAACCAAGAACAUGCUGUUGGAAAUGUCAGAGUGAGUAGCAUCACAGAUUGUGCAUUCGAUACUUCUCAUACUCCAGUGAUUAAUGGUAGUUCAGUACCAGACAGUGCUCGCGUUAAGGUUCAUAUGCAUGGUACGUUUGAUAGGAGAGAAAACUUGGGUGAGAAUGAAACUUACAAACACGAUAAUUUUUCGACUUUUUUUGAGUCUACAACUACAAUGGAGGUAGAUAUGCCUGUCCUCCCUAACUGUAGCCUCACUGAUAGUUCUCAAACUGGUGUGCUUGUUACUUCAUUGUCAAACACGUGGGAAGGAAAGGAUAGAACAGUGGCUAAAGCAGAAAUUACUUGUGGAGAUAGAACCAAAAGAAAAAGAGAAGUAGAGCUGCAACCUAAAACCGAGAGCAGCUUUAUGAAAAGUCCAUGUGAGGGCCUGAGGCCAAGAAAGUGUAAAGAAGAUCCGCUUCCUGCACGAAGAAGCAAUGUUCGUGAAAUUGCAGAAGCAAAGUCUCCAAUCAAGAAGCGUAAAAAACAUUUGUCCAGUUCAGUCUCCUGCAAUGAAGUGCUUGAUAACGAAACUACGUACAGGUGUAAUCUUGAGGGUUGUCGAAUGCAUUUUAGGACCAGGGUUGAGCUCUCACUACACAAACGCAAUAAAUGCCAUCAGAAAGACUGUGGGAAAAAGUUUCGGUCCCAUAAGUAUGUGGUUCUCCACCAACGAGUUCAUGAUGAUGAGAGGCCUCUGAAGUGCACAUGGACAGGCUGCACUAUGACUUUCAAAUGGGCAUGGGCUAGGACCGAGCACUUGAGACUGCAUACAGGUGAACGUCCAUACCAUUGUAAGAUUAAAGGGUGUGGCCUUACUUUCAGGUUCGUGUCUGACUUCAGUCGCCACAGACGGAAAACUGGGCAUUAUGUACACCUGCCUUCUAAAUGAGGCAUGUUUUGCUGAUUUGUAGAAGUGAGUUUUUGCAGUGAAGGAUGAUGUCAAGUUGGCCAAAACCAAGAUGUACAAAGGUAUACCUUCUGUUGUAGCAUUAGGGUGUAAAAUCUGUCAUUCUUCUAGCGUAUAUUAUCGUUUAAACAUGGUGAUCGGGCAUUGAUCUGAUUAGAAUAGAGGGUUCUUGAUCUUUCUUA